UUAAGAGCCCCGGAGCCACCAAUUCCGCCCCACGUGACCCCGCGCCUGGGCGGCGCUUGCGGCCACGCGGGUUCCCGCCAAACAGCGGCGGCUUUGGCGCGCGCGGUAACGGGCGCACGUGUCGGCGCGCCAGGACCGGCCCCAGUACCGGGACCAGCAUGGCCCAGCUCCGCCUCACCGACUUCUUUGGCCGCACCAAAGCGGCCACCGGAGCCCCGGCCAAGCGCGGCGGCAGCCGGCUGAAGGCGGCCAUCACCGGGCCCCAGGUGCACCGAGAGGCGGACAAUGAGGAGGACGCUGCCUUGGUGGGACUCUCCGCUUCUCUGCGUACCCCGGCCCGCGGUGGCUCCCCAGCGCUGCGGGGAUUGGCCGGGAGGAAACGGAGCCGCCGGGAGAUGGAACGGGAGUCGCCGCCGGUGGCGGGGGAGACUCGAUCUGGGGACCCGAAAGAGAAAUCGGCGCGGAAAAGGCUGGAGAUGCACCGGGAGACGGAAACCGAGCUGCCGGCUGCAGUAAGGGGCUGGGGUCGGGGAUGUACCUGUCAACCUCCUCCUCAGGGCUCGUCCCUAAAACAGUGGGGAACGGGGGAUGCACCGGUUCACCCGGACUGCGGCCCUGAAAGCGGGGGGAGGGGGGGACGGCACACGGAAAACCGAGGCACCGUCCCUGCAGCCAUCCCGCCGAGGGACACCAGCCCCUCGUCUCCGACCACUGCCUGUCCCCUGAUGUCACCCUCGCUGGAGCUGGCAGCAGACCCCCCAGCUACCACCCCCAGCCGGGGGCAGGAUGGAGGGACACAGCCUGGCACAGCUACCCCAGGGACAAGCAGGCGCCUGCAGCGGGUAGGAAACAAGCCUGGCUUUGUGUUCCAGAUGUUCUGUGUUCCUUGCUGGUGUCCUCUGACCACCUGUCCCCUCCUUACCCAGGAGGACCUGGCUGGGCUGCAGAGUCGCUUGCAGAGGGUGAAGGCGCUGGCCCAGUUGGCCCAGCUGGCACCAGUUCCUGCUGGGGUCAACGCUGAGCUGCGGAGCCGCCUGGAGCGAGUGCGGCACCUGGAGCAGCGGAUCCGUGAGAGGAAAGCGGGAAGCAAAGCCCCGGCAGCAGAACAGCCCUCUGGGGACACCGAGGUGGCAGCGGCAGAGGCUGGCGAGAAGGUCCCUGCGUACCAGCGGUUCCACACCCUCGCUCAGGACGUGCCCCCGGGGCUCACGCUGCCCUACAAGUUCAAGGUGCUGGCAGAGAUGUUCCGCAGCGUGGACACCAUUGCUGGGAUGCUCUUCAACCGUUCUGAGACCAUCACCUUCGCCAAGGUCAAGCAGGGGGUGCAGGACAUGAUGCACAAGCAGUUUGAGGAGCGGCACGUGGGGCAGAUCAAGGCUGUGUACCCCACCUCAUACAGGCUGCGCCAGGAGAAGAACAUCCCCACCUUUGGCGGUGGUAUCAAGAAGUCAGACUACCAGCUGACGCUGGAGCCGGUGCUGGAGGAGGAGGAGAAGGUGGAUGGCCGCCCACACUUGUCGGCGUCACGCCUGCUGGAGCGCCGGAAGGAGUUCCACCGCAACCUGGUGAACGUUGUCAAGCAGCACCACAAGGCGUUCCUGGCCACCCUCAAGCCCCCCCUGGAGGUUCCAGAGGAGAAGCUGACCCGCUGGCAUCCCCGCUUCAAUGUGGACAAGGUGCCGGACAUCAGCCCAGCAGAGCUGCCGCAGCCACCCCAGGGAGACAGGCCCAGCACGGCCCAGGAGGUGCUGAGCACAGCUCGGGGGAUGCUGACCCCCAAGAUGGAAAAAGCUCUUGCCAACCUGGCCCUGAGAACUGCCGAAGCCGGUGCAGGGGAACCGGUGCUUUCCAAAGCACCAUCCCCUGCCAGCACCUCCAGUGCUCUCAAAGGGGUGUCCCAGGCCCUGCUCGACAGGAUCCGGGCGAAGGAGGCGCAGAAGCUGCAGGCGCUGAUGACCAGGGCGCCCCAGCAGGAGCAGCGCCUGGCCAUGCUGGGCCGGCUGCCGGCCAUGGCCCGCGUCCUGCGCAACGUCUUUGUGGCUGAGAAGAAGCAGGCCCUGACCAUGGAGAUGACUUGUGCCCGCAUGGCUGACAGCUACGAAGUCCAGAUGUCUCCUGGUGAGAUGGAGAAACACUUGAGGCUGUUUGCAGAGCUGCUGCCAGACUGGGUGGGGAUCCAUGUGAUCAGGACAGACACCUACAUCAAGCUGGACAAAGGGAAGGACCUUAGCCUCAUCACUGAGAGGCUUACCAAGGUGGCCAAGGAGGAAGAAACUCUCUGAGCACCCCAAGGGUCGAGGGUUCCCCUGUGCAAUCUCCUCUAAAUGUAGCAAGUUCAGAUGAUGCUCCUGGGACUGGUGUGGGCUCAUCCUUGGGGAUGUCUGAAGAAUAGUAAAAUAUCUUUAACAAAUCCCUUUGCCAGGGUCUGUGAGGACUGUAGCUCCCAUAACACUUGAGCUGAAGGCCAGAUAGUCC